UAAAGAAAUGAGAUUUCUUUGAAUGGUCUACAACUUAUGACUCGGUCGGUAAAGUAGAAGUUCACAUAGCAAGACAACAGAUGGCGUGGCAAACUCCAUAACUGUUCGGCGCGUAGGUGUCAUCCAUCUGUCAUGGCGACUAUGAGAGGUUAUAAACCCGGAGAGUGAAAAUCAAGAGACUAAAUAAUUUAAGGUGUAAAGUGGGAAUCGACAUGCCAAUUAAUAGACUUUGAAUGUCGUUUCUUUGUUUUCAGAGCAACACUUCGUUUAUUUUUGGUUGAUUCCUAACAACCCAUGAGAAUUGUCUUAUAAAACGACAUUCUUAGUAAAAACAUAAACAUGGAAAAAUUGAGAUUUACGUUCGCAGUAUUAGCGACGGGGCCAGAAGGAAAAACAAAUACAAUCUGCAUAACCUCAAUCGAAGUACCCGAUGGUCGUGUUUUUGAAGUUCCUGAUGAUCUGAAACCUGCUAGUAAACACACUGGUAUUACGACUACGGAUGUAUUCACGAAAGUGAAGAACUCAUUAAAGAAAAGACAUCAAACACGCAAAUUAUGGAUCCCUUUAACGGAAGACUUGCGAAAGACCUACUUGGACGAAGGUGAAAAUGUUCAAUUUGGUGAUCAGUAUUUGGACGAAAUUGUAAGUGAAACAAAAAGCUCAGUUAGCAACAAUAACAAUACGGAACCUGUUAGUAAAAACUUGGGAAAAAUUGCUGAACGGUUUUUACUGGAAAAAUUUUCUGGAAAAACAACAAAUGUUGAACAAUGGAUUAAGGAAUUUGAGAAUGAAUGUAAAAGAUUUGAAAUGGUGCAGGAUGUUAAAAAAAUUGAGAUGCUAAAGCAUCUUAUGGAUAAACAGUGCUUAGAUUGGUACAACAGCAUGAUAAUAAAACAUACCAUAGAUUCGGACUGGACAAUUUGGAAAAGUAAUCUGUGCGAGUCAUAUGGAAAUAAAGGUUGGUCUCAGAUUAAGUACGCAUUCACAUUUAAAUACCAAGCGGGGUCCCUAAUAGAAUAUGCCACCAAAAAGGAAAGGCUACUCCUAGAGGUAAAUAAACAGACUGAUUCGCAGACAAUGAUUCAUCUCAUUGUAAUGGGUUUACCAGAUUUCAUAAUGGACAAAAUUGAUAAAGGAAAAAUAACAUCCACCAUGAGUCUUUACAAUGAGCUUGGAAAGUAUGAGCAUACAAUGAAUAAAAAGACUUACUAUAAAAAGAAAAUAAACACGGACAUAAAAACUGGAGCCGAGAAGAUCAAACCCUGCAAAAUAUGCGAAAAAUUAAACAAAGGUACCCGCUUUCAUCCCGAAGAAAGAUGCUGGUUUAAACAGACAGGAGAACAUGAGAAUAAGAAAAAUUAUAAAAAUGUGAAUAAUGUCAUGCUGGAUGUUGAAUUGAGUGACGAAGAUCAAAAAAACGCGUGAUUACACCAUUGAUUAAAGUCAAACUAAUACUUAACGAUAAAUUAGAAGUAUUGGGUAUAUAUGACCCAGGCUCAAACGUCUCUCUAGUUAAUUCAAAAUUAUUAAAACUGAAGAGGUCAGCAAAAAAACAUUAUGAUAAAAAUGCAAAAUUAGUAACAAUUAAUGGUGUAAAAAGAGCAAAAGGUUUGACAAAUUUGAAAAUAAAAAUAAUGGAAAUAGAAAAACAUAUGGAUGUAUACAUUAUAGAUGGAAAGGAAUUUAAAUAUGAUUUCCUAAUAGGACUAGACAUAAUCAAAGAGUUUAAGUUGACUCAAGAUGAAAAUUUGAAGAUCAGUCAAAAACCAGAAAGACUAUCAAGAGAAAAAGAAACACAUAAAAAUACUGCUUCCGUAGAACUCAAGGACAAAAUAAAUUUACUUUCUGUAAAUUUUAAUGAACACAUGAAAGAAGAAUUCAACACAAAUGUCAGCCACUUAAAUGAAGAGCAAAGACAAGAAAUAAAUAAACUUAUUGAAAAGUAUAAAUCAAGCUUUGCCAAAGAUAAAUACGAUAUAGGAACAGUAAGAGACUAUGAGGCUCGAAUAGAUUUGCUAGUGGAUAAAUAUUGUAGCAAGCGGCCUUACAAAUGUUCUAUGCAAGAUAAGAAAGAAAUUGAAGAACAAGUUGGGAAAUUACUUCAGAAGAAUCUCAUAGAAGAGUCGUACAGUCCGUUUGCUGCACCAGUGACUCUAGUUUUUAAAAAGGAAGAAAAUAGAAGAUCCAGAUUAUGCAUUGACUUCAGGGAUCUAAAUAAAAUAGUAAUUCCACAAGCCCAGCCAUUCCCGUUGAUUGAGGACUUAGUAAUAAAGACAAGAAACUGCAAAUUUUUCUCAACACUGGAUAUUAACUCUGCUUUUUGGUCUAUUCCCCUACGGAUUGAAGACAGAAAGAAGACUGGCUUUGUCACGCAAGAAGGCCAUUAUCAGUGGACCUGCUUACCAUACGGAUUAAAGACCUCAUCUGCGAUAUUUCAACGAAUAUUAAGUAACAUACUAAGAAAACACGGAUUAACAGAAUUUACCGUUAAUUAUAUAGAUGACAUCUUAGUAUUUUCAGAUUCUUAUA